AGUAGGAAUCAUUCACGUUGUUUUGAUCGAGAUCUUUCAUGUUUUCUUUGUAAUUGUUAAUUUAUCUCGACUGUUCUGUAACCUUUCGCAAUGGAGACUCUCCUAGAACAACAGAGAAGAUAUCACGAGGAAAGAGAGCGACUGACUGACGCAAUGGUGAAGGAAACUCUUGUGAAGAAAGCCACAGGUCGAGAAACGAUCAAUUCCGAUCACAGGCAGAAGACACUUUUAGAUAGGUACAUGGAUGACACAACAGCACUUUUGGAACUAUACGAAGAUAAAGAUGGUCUACGCAAGGAAGAGGUGGCAGCACUGUCCGGCCCAAACGAGUUUGCGGAAUUUUACACGCGUUUGAAGUCCAUCCGCGAUUUCCACAAGCUGCAUCCUAACGAGAUUUCCGUGCCCAUGUCAGUGGAGUUUGAUGAGCUGGCCCAGGCAAGAGACAACCCCGCCACGGACGACACAGUGAUGGCUGAAUUCACGGACGAGGAAGGAUACGGUAAAUACCUCGACCUGCACGAGUGCUUCGAGCGAUUCGUCAACCUCAAGGGCAUUACCAGGGUCGACUACCAGUCGUACCUCUCCUCCUUCGAUCAGCUGUUCGACAUUCCAAAGGACAGGAAGAACUACGAGUACAGGAAGUACAUAGAGAUGCCUGGACUACCAUCAAGAUACGGGCAGGGCCGUGAGUGGGCGGCGGGGCGUUUUGCCCGGUGGCGUGAUGGGGAGGCGGGGCGUUUCCCGGAUGGCCGAACAGAGACGUCGGGGGCGCUGGCGCACACGGGCGCUCACCUCGACCUCUCGGCCUUCUCCUCAGCAGAGGAGCUUGCCUCUCUCGGUCUCGAUCGUCUCAAGUCUGCGCUGAUGGCCCUCGGGUUGACAGUCUGUUGGCGGAACAUUUCCUGGAGGAGAAGGGCCAACCGACUGUUCAGCACAAAGGGAAAGAAGCUGGAGAACUCGACUCUCUCUCUCGCAAAGUCGAAGCCGGGGAAGGUUGGCAAGAACGCUCGCGACGUAGAGAAGCAGAGAGAGGUGGCGCUACUGGAGGCGCAGCUCUACCGUCUGGUCGAAGUCUCGGAGUUGUACAAACUUCACGGUCUCAACAUUUCGUAUACGUGCGAGAUUUGUGGAAAUCACACGUAUAAAGGACCAAAGGCAAGAUUACUCAGAGCGGAAAAAUGCUUUGCCUGUGAGUACAAAGAAUGGAGACACGCGCACGGCAUGAGAUGUCUCGGCAUACCAAACACCGCUCACUUCGCCAACGUCACCAAGAUAGAGGACGCCAUCGGACUGUGGGAAAAGAUAAAGGUUUCGAAAGCGACCGAGAGAUGGCGCCCCGAUCAGGACGAGGAGUACGAGGACAGCCAGGGUAACGUCGUCACGAAGAAGACAUACGACGAUCUGAAGCGACAAGGCCUGCUGUAGGAGGAGCCAGCGAGUGGGAGAGAGAGGAAGGAGGGAGAGGGGGAGAGGAGGAAGAGAGGGGGAGAGGAGGA